AAGCAACAGGAAAACCGCUAAGAGAACACAUUCCAGGCGCGCAGAGUCUGGACGGAACAAUAAGGGGUGGGACGACAACUCUAUGCCUACAACUAUUUAAAAAUCUCUAAUCUCGCCUUUUAAUCGGGAACACGGACGGCGGCUGAAGAAUUCUUACUUAAUGGGAACCGAGUCCCCUCCGCCGUCCCUUGUGAAGCCAGUCGAAGCGGAAGGAGUCUGGUUCGAAACCCCACGACGAUGUUCCUGUUGUGGGUUUUAUCAGCGCAGAUUUGUUCCCAGAUGAGAUAGGCUUCAUUCACCUCGCUGUGGACUCAGACAACCAGCCCUGAGGUCCUCUUCUUGCUUUUUCCCUCCACCCCCUUUUGAAACACUACUUUCAUCUUUCCGCGUGCGUGCGUUGAAGUGACGCGGUUUUAGGUUUUAAACCGCUCUCUGGUUUACCAGAAGCGUUUUUUUUUUUUUGUUGCUUUCACGAAGCUGCGGCUGGUUUUGUCGUCGAGGCAGCGGAGAGGAUGUGAGGUCUCUCCGGAUGAAACAUCUGCAGCUGGGCCUUCCAACUCUUAACUGGUUUAUUUCAGUCUCACAAUGAGGCCAGGUUUACCUCCGGCGCUGGUUUAAACUCUUAUUCGUCCUGUUUGUGAUAUGGGCUACGUCUGGCGGCUCCAUCUGACAAGUUAAAAGGGGAGCAGAAAACAGUGAUGGGAAGAUCUGCUCUGCUCACGGUUCUGUUAGCAGGAGUUUUUCUCUUGACUUCCACCAUUCAUGCAGAAAACCAGGAUGGCGGUGAAGAAGGGAAGCAGCUGUGCAAAUGUGAGAACCCAAGGAACACACACAUUUGCAGCAAUGAAACGUGCAGAGGAGACUACUGUUUCUACACCUGGGUGCUAAACAAGGACCCAGGAGGAGAAAGCCCCGUCACUGAGACAUGGGGAUGUUUCCCAAAAAAACACUACAGAGAGCGAUGCUCUGGAUCCUUCCCCGGCUUUUUUGUCCAGUGCUGCCAGACGGACAAGUGCAACACCCUGAUCACACCGCCUCCAAAUAUUAAUGGGGAGCCGACAACAGUUCCUCCCCCAGAGUACCCACAUCCCAAGCUGUGGAUCUCUGUGACUGUGCUGCUGCUGUUCACGACUUUAAUCGUGUGUGGUUUUCUGCUGUUUCUGCGAUUUCGACGUGCGUCCAGCAAGGUGAAAGACCCUGAAGAUCACGGAAUCGCGGUCAAAGUCCCCUCCGGAAAUGACCCCACCUACGGCGAAAUUUUUGAUGAAUUUUGUACUUCAGGAAGUGGGACAGGCCUUCCAUAUCUGGUCCAAAGAACUAUGGCGAGACAAAUCUCCCUUGUUGAAUGUGUCGGUAAAGGCAGAUAUGGUGAAGUGUGGAGGGGGACGUGGAUGGGGGAGAGUGUGGCUGUCAAGAUUUUCUCCUCCAGGGACGAGCAGUCCUGGUUCAGAGAGACAGAGAUCUACAAUACAGUGCAGCUGCGCCAUGAGAAUAUCCUCGGUUUCAUCGCCUCGGACAUGACGUCCAAAAACUCCAGCACCCAGUUGUGGCUCGUCACUCACUUCCAUGAGCUGGGUUCGCUCUACGACUUCCUGCAGUACCGCAGCCUGGAGCCAGAGAGCUGCUUGAGGAUGUGCCUCUCGGUGGCCUGUGGCUUGGUCCACCUCCACACUGAGAUAGUCAGCUCCCAGGAGAAGCCGGCCAUCGCCCACCGAGACCUCAAGAGCAGAAACAUCCUGGUGAAGAGGAACGGACAGUGCUGCAUUGCCGAUCUAGGCUUGGCUGUGAUGCACUCUCAGUCUCAUGACUACUUGGAUGUGGGCAACAACCCUCGUGUGGGGACGAAGCGCUACAUGGCCCCUGAAGUGCUGGAUGAGACAAUUCGUGUCGAUGUCUUUGAGUCUUACAAGCAAACAGACAUCUGGGCCCUCGGAUUGGUCUUCUGGGAAAUAACGCGCAGGACUGUCGUCAAUGGGAUUGUUGAGGAGUAUCGGCCGCCCUUCUUUGACUUGGUGCCCUCCGAUCCAAGCUUUGAGGAGAUGAAGAAGGUGGUGUGUGUGGACCAGCAGAAGCCCAGCCUGCACAACAGACUCCACUCCCACCCAAUCCUAUCAACCAUUGUCAAGAUUAUGAAGGAGUGUUGGUACCAGAACCCAACGGCCCGCCUCACAGCCUUGAGGGUGAAGAAAACUCUUUCCAAACUGGACGUCGAAAGCGACUUCAGCAUAGAGAAACUCAAACGUGACAUCUAAGCGAGAACACCAAGAAAUAUCAUGGAAAAUUACAAUAACCAACAGGAGGAAUGUUGAACGUCAUCAGCAUAGUCAACGCUUCCCAGAACCGUAUGUGUUUGACCAUUUUGCAAUUGCAGAUUUAUAGCAGUUCUCCAAGCAAGGGGUCAUAAGGGAAUUUUUUUUUUACUCACCAUUGCAAGACGGGAAAUCAUUAUUACUCACACUUUUCUAAAAUGGGUUUUUCACAAAAACUUAGUCAUAGUCAGCAUAAAAGUUUGGAUUGUUCACUAUAAUUUACAGGACACAUGUAAAAAAAAACAGAAGUUCUCACCAAAGCAGUAUUGACUAUAAUGUAAAAGUGUUCAACUUAAGUUAAAGGAGCAUUUAUCACAGGUAUCAAAGACAGACUGAAAUAUUUAGUUGUACAUAUUCUACAAGCAUUGAACCUUGUAAGGGUUCAAUGGUUAUUUACGAUCUUUAUAUUAGUGUAAAUAUAUUUCAAGAGAUGUUAUUUUCUAUUUUAAAGCACAUUUUAUACACUUUUUUAAUCCCAUUUUUUUUGUAUUUGUUUGUUUAUUUAGACCUAAAAUGUACCACCAUAAUCACUACGGUCAAGAAAGUAAAUCACAGAAUGAUAUGAAAUAUUGCAGAUCUUUAAUAAAGUUUUUGUAUUUUGCAAAUAAA